UUCAUCAACAAAACAAAAAUGGCUGACACAGACUCUGAUACAGGCGAUCGAGAUCAAAGAACGUCACGUGAAAUAAAUGAACAAAAACCUGAAAGUAGCCAAGAGGUACAGAGUGAGGAUGGAGAUGAUAAUCUUAAUUUUGAAGAUGCAAGGGAAGGAAGAAAUGAUGAAAGCUUUAGUGACAGUGAUGAGGUGGAGGAUGAACAGCUCAUGGUGAUAGAGACUCCUGAAGGAUUGACCCUUGUAGAACCGACAGAAAACUCAUCUUUUUACAUUGUGCAGGAACAUGAAGGACAGGAAACCCCUCCAGGAAUGCCUCGUGAGCCAGAAACCUCCCAGGAUGUCAGUUUAUCUGAAGAACUUCUAAUGAACAUCCAAAGAUUGAGAAGAAGCUCAAGCCCAGAGCUCCCUGAUACGGUAACGAAGCUUGAAACUCCUGAAGGCUGUAAAGUUUAUCUUGUUGGAACUGCUCACUUUAGUAAGGAAAGCCAAGAUGAUGUGGCAAAGACUAUUCAAGCUGUCCAGCCUGACAUAGUGCUAGUUGAGCUUUGCAAAAGUCGCGUGGACAUUCUUAAAUAUGAUGAAGAAUUUUUACUCAAGGAAGCAAAGAAUAUAGACUUGCAAAAGCUGAGACUUGCUAUUAAACAUAGUGGGGUAAUAGCUGGAGUGAUGCAAGUUCUUUUACUCAGUGUGUCAGCGCACAUAACCAAGCACCUAGGAAUGGCCCCAGGUGGAGAGUUUAGAGCAGCUUAUAGAGAGGCUAGGAAGAUACCAGGAUGUCAAAUUCAUUUAGGAGAUCGUCCCAUUCAGGUGACUCUUUCUAGGGCAAUGGCUGCUUUGAGUAUAUGGCAAAAAAUGAAAUUAGCCUGGCAUCUUAUGAUGACUAAAGAUCCAAUUAGCACAGAGGACGUAGAGAGAUGUAAACAAAAGGACCUUCUAGCUGAAAUGUUGGCUGAGAUGACUGGAGAUUUCCCCACCUUGUAUAAAGUUUUUGUUUCUGAAAGAGAUCAAUAUCUUGCAAGAUCAAUAAGAUUAUCUGCCAUGCCAAUUGAAAUCCACAAUGCUGAUGGAGAACCUCAAGGAGUUGUCCCUAGUGUUGUGGUGGGUGUAGUCGGAAUAGGACAUGUGGACGGAAUUACUGAUAAUUGGGAAAAGGACAUUGACGUGAAAGAACUACUAAGAAUUCCAGAAGCAAGCAGAGCAAGUAGGCUUAUACGCCUCUCAUUGAAAGCUUUUGUAGGGAUUUUCCUUGCGUGGGGGGUUUACAAACUGGGAAAGUACACCAGAAUAGGCUCGUACAUUCCAUACUGGAACUGAAUAACAAUCAUGAACUUGGUGAUGUGAGCGAAUAUGCCUUUAAAAUUGGUGAAAAUUUAAAUGUAUUUAUUCCUUCCCAAGAUAAAAAGAGGGAUUAGAAAGUGAAGGACUGAAACUAUUGUUAAUCUUAAAGGUUGACUUUUACAUUUUCUCAAAAGAAUACAUUCGGUAUUCUAAGAAAAUCUAAACCCUUUUGAGAAUUGUUCUCACCAUCUGAACGAGAAGGACUUGCAUGCUCUGAAUUGAUGAGAAGUAUACAACAUCAAGGUUUUUUUGGAAGAAAAUUUAAAAUAGAACUUUUAGGAGUAAAUUUUAACAUAUCUUACUUUUAUUGUCACCACUACUAGAAAUUUAAAGAUAGAUAAAAGUUGUGCUGCUAUUAAAUUAUAUUACUGUGUGAUAUACAUUGGUUCUUGACGAACAUUACGCUCACCUUUUGAAAAAGAUUAAGAUUUAGUAAAAUUUUUGAGUGUUACUUUUUGUCCUGCACACGUGAUCAAUUAAAAAUAUCAUACGUGCACUCUGA